GCCUUUUCAAAUGUUUUUCAGACUGAAGAACACAGGAGGGAGCAAACGGGCAUCAGUUGUUCAAAUUGCAAACAGCUGAAAGACAGACUGCUGGCAAUGGAGAGGGACAACCAGAGGCUGAUUCGCCAGCUGGACGCAAUCCACGAUCUAAAAGAUAUGCUGAAAGCCUGUGCUCCACCAGCCAGCCAGCCUCUGCAGACUGCCCCACCAGCCAGCCAGCCUCUGCAGGGUGCCCCACCAGCCAGCCAGCCUCUGCAGGGUGCCCCACCAGCCAGCCAGACCCAGGACCCUUCAAGUGAUGAUAUGGUCAUUGGGGAAGGAAUUGUUGUGAAAAGAGCUAAGGUCAUGAGGUGCAACCACAGCAGUCCCUCAAAACUUGUCUGCGACCUCCUGUCCGUACUUUACACCAGAAGGGAGCUGGCCACAAUGUCCUUGACGGGGCAAAAGGGCAGUGCCAAAGAGGCUGUAAAGCCUCCUUUGCCUCCCAACGCACUCAAUGCCAUAUUUGACUACACACUUCAGAAAUUUCCUGGAGCGGAUGUGGCCACUCUGCGAGGAGCCAUCAGGAAUAAACUCAAUAACGAGAGCAAGGUGUUCAAGAAGUAA